UUUGAAUCAAUUGAGCAAGUUGAAGGAGAAUACACAGAAAUCGUCCCCAAAAGGAUCUGGAUCUCACUCACACAUUCUUUCACACUUCAUCCUUCCGACAUACACUGCCAUGGCCCAAACUACAGCCUUCGAAAACGCCUCAGCAGCCUUCCGUGCUCAUCUUCCCGACCUCAACACACCCCGCUUCACUACCGCCGCCAAACAAGAUCUAUACGAGUACGCGCAGUUUUUCAAGGACAAUCACGCUCCGCCAUGGCUAUUCGACCUUACGCAGGCGUGGGAGAAGCUGUAUCAAGAGUCGUUCAAGGGUGUGACGACCGACGGGACAGUCAAGGAGGGCUUGUUCGCGAGACGAGAUGAGGGUCUUGACAUCGAGAGCAUCACACAAAAAGCAGAAAAACUACUAUCACUACUAGAUGAACAGCAGAAGCAAAAACUCAUGUACCCGAUCAACGCGCGAGAAUGGAGGGCUUGGUCGAACCCAGAGAUGGUCCUCCGACCUUUCGGCUUACGACUUGAAGAAGUCUCUGAGGAAACCGCCCAGUCCAUCCUCUCCCUCCUGUCCACUACCCUCUCCCCAUCCGGCUACCAAAAAGCCCUCGCCGCGAUGCGCAUCAACCACUUCCUAGGCGAAUGCGUCCACCUCCCAGCAAUCAUGAACAAAUACUCCUACAACUUCCUCCUCUUCGGCACCCCUUCCACAACAUCCCCCUGGGGCUUUCUCCUCUACGGCCACCACCUCUGCAUCGCAGUCUACCUCCACAGCAAGCAAAUUGUCAUCAGCCCGACCUUCACUGGCGCAGAACCCAACGUCAUCGACUCGGGCGAAUGGGAAGGAACCGCCAUCCUCCACCGCGAAGGCGAACUAGGUCUGCAAUUCAUGCGCUCGCUUUCCCAACCGCAGCGCGAUACCGCACAGGUGUUUAAGAACUUGAAAGACGAAGGGAUGAAGAUCACUGGCGAUUUGGUCACGGAUACUUGGAACAAGGACGACCAACGCCACCAGCUCGGCGCGUUCCGCGAUAAUCGCGUCGUUCCUCCUUCUGGUCUCCCUCUUUCCUCGCUCACGCUGACGGCUGAACAACGCGCCACGCUCCUCGCUCUCAUCGAUGAAAUGCUCGCGUAUCUCCCUGAGAAAUCCCGGAAACUUCGCGUCGCGGAGAUUGAAGCGCAUUUUGGGGAUACGUGGUGGACGUGGAUAGGCGGAUAUGCGGAUGAUGAUGCGUUUUACUUUAGAGUGCAGAGCGAUGUUGUUGUUUUGGAGUUUGAUCAUCAUUCUGGCGUGUUUUUGACGAAUGUGGAGCCCGGGAAGUGGCAUACGCAUACGAUUGUUCGGACGCCGAAUGGAGGGGAUUAUGGGGGUGCGAUUAGAGGGGUUGAGGAGAGGUUAGUAUGAUAUUUGGGAUAGGGGAUCCAGAGGUGUGAUAAUUAGGCUUGAGGUGUAGCAUUUGAAGAGUGAUAAAAGAAAUAGAUAUGUUGGAAGGAGUUGAAAACAUGGUUUAUUAUGUGUUUUUGUACAGUGCACCUGGGUUUUUUACUCUUGGAUAUUGUAUUCUACCAUCUCGUCUUGGAUCAGCUACACUCAUGUCGCUGCCUCAUCACUAAAUCUCAUCAUGUCAUGUUAUAUUUUGAGUGUAUUAUGUCAAGUGCUUUGAUUCCA